UGUAUCAGUGUCUGCGAGGGAGAGAGGAGAGAGAAUCUCUUAUCACGGGAAGACAGGAAUAUUUACAUCAGAUCAUUAUCUAUUUUUCUGUCUCUCUCUCUCUCUCUCUCUCUUUCCAUUUUGAAACGGAGUAGCCUAUUUAUCUGUCUCUUCGCUACCGAUCAUCUCAGAAACAGAACAGAGGAUUAAAAACAGAAGAGAAGAGUAAAACAAAAGGAGAGACUAAUGGAAGAAUAAAAAGCAAAGGAGAAGAGAUGAGGAAGACCUCUCAUCUCAUUCAUCUAUUCUAGCAGGAAGAAGGAAUUUAGGCUACCUCUCCUCUACACUUGAUCAUCUCUCUCUCUUUCUCUUUCUCCUUUUCUUUCUCUUAUCUCUUUCUCUCUCUAUGGUCAUGGCUGUGCAGGGGACCAGCCUGCUAGAGAACCCAGUUCAGGCGGUUCUGUACCUUAGAGAACUGACCACUAUUGUUCAGAACCAACAGAGCCUCAUCCAAACACAACGCCUGCGCAUUGACGAACUGGACCUACGCGUGGAUGAGCUGCUUGGGGAGAACAGGAAUCUGCGUGAAGCAAGAGGUGUACAACCUCACCAUCAUCACCCAGACCACAACCCGAGCCUUCAUUGUCAUCAUCCUCAGCAUCAACAUCCGUACCCACAAGACACCGGUUCUCUGCCCGCCCAGCCCAUGCCUGAGGUUCAUCCUGCUGAGACAGAAAAGUCCUCUCCUCAGCCCGCCAAUCCGGAGGACAUGCAGCUGGUACCGGCCCAUUCCCAGCCACAGUCACUGAGCCCUUUGCAAGGCGAGGCCAUCCUGGGCGAGGGGGAGGACAGCAGGGCCAGCAUGGGCUGCCACACACUGGUUCCCCUGGUUCCCCUAGCUCCCCUCACUCCUACCACUUUCUGUCGCUCGCUGGCUCUCGCCAGGCAAUCAGAGAGUCAGACAAUACUACAUCAGUUCUGUUGUCCUGCUCCAGAGGCUCCAGAGGCUGCUCUCACUGGCUCCUCCAGUGAUGGGCAGCUGCUAGGUCUGGAGGGCGGGACUUCCUCCAGCAGACAGGAAGGAGAGGGGUCAGUAGGUGUGGCUCGUAGAGAAGGACCCAGCGACUAUGAACUUGCCCUGGAGAACAAGACCAAACAGAUAGAGGAGUUGGAGCUGAGGUACGGUGGUCACCUGGUGUCGCGGCGCGCUGCGUGUCGUAUUCAGACAGCGUUCCGUCAGUACCAGCUCAGUAAGAAUUUCCAAAAGAUCCGGAACUCUUUGUCAGAGAGCAAGUUGCCACGCCGCAUUUCCCUGCGCCGGCCCAACCCCAGCCGGGGCCAGAACCCCACCCAGCGACACAGCUUCCUGUUAGAGAGUGGGGGCCCACCAUUGCGCCCCAAAACACCCCCACCACCCCCCUCACGUUCCACCUCCCUGCCGCCCUCAGCCUCCCCUGCCACGGGCCCUGGCCCCUCACUCACACAGCUGGAGGACUGCUUCUCAGAGCAGGUACGCUCGCUGGCCCAUUCGAUAGACGAGGCCCUGCGUGGGUGGAGCCUGUCGGAGGGGGUUGAGGGGGGGACAGGGGGGCUGUUGAUGGACCCCGAGGUGUUUCGGGCGGCUGGUCAGAGUGCCUGCAUGCCUCGCAGUGCCAGCUCCCUGCUCAUGGCCUUCAGAGAUGUCACCGUUCACAUCGACACCAACAACUACACUGUCUCCACAACUACCACCUCCACAACCACCACUACCCACGGCAACACAGGGGCGGGAGGAAGCAGGCAAGCCUCAAUGGAAGGGGGGGGGGGAGAGGGGGGUGGAGGGGUAGGGAGAGAAACAACAACCUCCCAGCUGGGGGGUGAGAAAGAGUUCCCUGCCCCCCCUCCCAGUGAGAAAUUGUUGAAGGGAGGAGGGUUGAGGAUGGAGUCAACUAUGACAGGGCAGGGGAGAGAGUUGGGGGGGCAGAGUGGCUCAGAGAUACUCAGUUCCACCUCUACCUCCACCUCGGCCCAGUCUAACCAGUAUAUCACUCAGUCCUCCUAUCCCCAGUACCACCAGUAUUCUACAUACCCCCAGGCCCAUCACCCCCAAUCCCAGCCAGGGUCCCAGUCAGUCAGGGACCCCACCACUGAGGCCCUCCAGGCCCUGGUCCUCUCUCUGCCCAGAGACCGAUGCCAGGACCCUGCCUCCUGCCGAUCCCCCACACUCUCCACUGACACACACCGCAAACGACUCUACCGCAUCGGACUCAACCUCUUCAACGUGAACCCAGAGAGAGGCAUCCACUUCCUGAUCACGCGUGGUUUCGUCCCAGACACGCCCAUGGGCGUGGCCCACUUCCUGUUACAGAGGAAGGGCCUAAGCCGACAGAUGAUUGGAGAGUUCCUGGGGAACAGCAAGCUGCUCUUCAACAGAGAUGUCCUGGACUGUGUGGUCGAUGAGAUGGACUUCUCUGGGAUGGAGCUGGACGAGGCUCUGAGGAAGUUUCAGGCUCACAUUAGAGUCCAGGGAGAGGCCCAGAAGGUGGAGAGACUCAUUGAAGCUUUCAGUCAGAGGUAUUGCAUGUGUAAUCCUGAGGUGGUGCAGCAGUUCCAUAACCCAGACACCAUCUUCAUCCUGGCCUUUGCUGUGGUCCUCCUCAACACUGACAUGUACUCCCCUAACAUCAAACCUCAACGCAAGAUGGGCCUCAACGAUUUCAUACGCAACCUACGAGGAGUGGACGACGGAGCAGACAUCCCCAGGGAGAUGGUGACAGGGAUCUAUGAGAGGACCCAGCAGAGAGAGCUACGCUCCAACGAAGACCACGUCACCUACGUCAGCCGUGUGGAACAGUCCAUACUGGGCAUGAAGACGAUUCUGUCUGUGCCCCACCGUAGGCUGGUGUGCUGCUGUCGUCUGUUUGAGGUGGCAGACUUCAACAAACCCCUGAAACAGAAACUGGCCAACACCCAGAGAGAGGUGUUCCUGUUCAACGACCUCAUACUUAUCCUGAAGCUGUGUCCCAAGAAGAAGACUUCUGCCUCCUACACCUUCUGUAAAGCCAUGGGUCUACUGGGCAUGCAAUUCCACCUCUUCAGUAACGAAUACUAUGCUCAUGGCAUCACCAUGUUGAGUCCGUUCUCGUCAGAGAAGAAGCAGAUGGUGAGUUUCUGCUCCCCCAGUGGAGAGGAGCUCAGGAAGUUCACAGAGGAGCUACGAGAGUCCAUCACUGAGGUCAACGAGAUGGAGCAGAUACACAUUCAAUGGGAGCUGAAGAGAGAACAGGGGGUGCAGACUCACACCCCCCACACCAACGGAGGACAGAUGGGCACACACUCAGCACACACAGGAUCCCCCACAGCCCAGAAAGAUCUGUAUGACAAGACUAGCAACAACACUGUGGAGGUGUCAAUUCACAAUAGGCUGCUGCAGACCUACCACAUGACCCAGGCCAGCCCUGAUAGGCUGCUUCAGACCUACCAUGUGACCAGUCCUGACUCCACCCAACUGGCUCUGGCAGCACCCCUGGCAAUGCUUAGCCCCACCCACCCUGGAGAACUCCGCCCAGACACCCUCAUUCAAUGCCAGCAGAUCGUCAAGGUGAUUGUUGUGGACCAGAGCGGCCAGGGGCGAAUGGAAGCCUUCCUCAGUCAAGGAAGCCCCACCUCCCACCACCGCCUCAUCCAAUCAGCGAUGUCCACACCAGUACGGAUCAGAGAGGGAUCUGAGCCCCCUCUGCCUCCCCCUCCUCCCCCCUACAACCACCCCCACCAGUACUGUCCCCCCGACUCCCCCUACCCCCUUCCACACACCCUUCCUCACCCCCUGCGCAGACGCAACUCUAGUGGUUCCCGCAGCCUCGUCUGACAUAUGUCCCCGGAUCCUACCACACCUAAUCCUCUGUCCUCUGAACUUUUGUUAAACAGUGAUAUACUGGGAGAAACACACACAACACAAACACUCAUAGACAAAGAUAGAGAGGGAAAGGGUGAGACGAGGAAGGGAGGAAGAGAAAGAGGGAGGUAAGGAAGUCAGCUGAGAGAGAGGGAAUAAGCCGAGAAAUAGAGUGGGAGAAAAUGGAGAGGUUUCAAAUCAAUAUAAAUUCAAAGUCAUCUAACGAUGUAAUGUGUAUUUUGGAUUAUGAUGUCGUUUUGACAACAUUUCUAAAGAUAGAUUUUCUAAUCUGACAGCUCUUGUGACACAGUGUCAUCUGUACAUAUCUAUAUCUGUACCUGGCUUUAGAAAGAACACUCUAGGAUGCCCCUCUGACCCCCUAAUCAUAACCCUGCCCUGAUAUCACACAGCUGAUGCAACAAAAGGAAUUCCUCCCAGUGAAUGGAACUGUCUGGACAUAGAUACAUGCAGUUGAAGUCGGAAGUUAACAUACACCUUAGCCAAAUACAUUUAAACACAGUUAUUCACAAUUCCUGACAUUAAUCCUAGUACAAAUUCCCUGUCUUAGGUCAGUUAG